CCAUUUCUAAUAUGCCGCUUGUCACCCUUUCCUCUACGUCCCCUGCUUAAAUGUUGCCCUUGCUUCCAUCGCCAGCGGGGACCCUGGUGAAAACGUGCCCCGCGGUCGCCACCGAUAAAUCCAUAGCCUCGCCUGGUAAAUAACCCCUCUUAUCCCUCCAAGUCACUGCCGCCCUUUGACGCCAGGCAUUACCGCUCCGGCGUCUACGACCAGUUUCUGCCUCUACCUGUCAUAGCUCUUCUUUUUGUCUGUUGCUGAGCACUCAUAGCACAAUCAUGGACGGCAAACGACACCCCAGCUCGUUCCAGCAGCUGGAAAAGCUAGGAGAGGGAACCUAUGCGACUGUCUUCAAGGGGAGGAACAGACAAACGGGCGAGCUCGUUGCUCUCAAGGAGAUUCACCUCGACUCUGAAGAAGGCACUCCGUCGACAGCCAUCCGAGAAAUCUCCCUCAUGAAGGAGCUCAAGCACGAGAACAUUGUCGCCCUGCACGAUGUCAUCCACACCGAGAACAAGCUGAUGCUCGUCUUUGAGCACAUGGACGGCGAUCUUAAGCGCUAUAUGGACAUCAACGGCGAGCGCGGCGCUCUCAAGCCCCCCAUCAUCAAGUCCUUCAUGUACCAGCUGCUCAAGGGCAUCGACUUUUGCCACCAGAAUCGAGUUCUACACCGCGACCUCAAACCCCAGAACCUGCUUUUCAACAGUAAGGGCCUGUUGAAGCUCGGCGAUUUCGGUCUGGCUCGCGCCUUUGGCAUCCCCGUCAACACGUUUUCCAACGAGGUCGUCACCCUGUGGUACCGCGCACCCGACGUCUUGCUCGGCAGCCGAACCUACAACACCAGCAUCGACAUCUGGUCAGCCGGUUGCAUCAUGGCAGAGAUGUACACGGGUCGCCCCCUCUUCCCCGGUACCACCAACGAGGACCAGAUAGUUCGUAUCUUCCGCAUCAUGGGCACCCCCACAGAGCGAACAUGGCCCGGCAUUACCCAGCUCCCCGAAUACAAGUCCAACUUCCAAAUGUACGCCACACAAGACCUCCGCACCAUCUUGCCAGCCAUCGACCCCACAGGCAUUGACCUGCUGCAACGCAUGCUUCAAGUUCGCCCUGAGCUACGCAUCAGCGCCCAUGAUGCCCUGCAGCACCCGUGGUUCAACGACAUUGUUCUUCACCAGCAGCAGCAGCAGCUACAGCAACAGUCGGCCGCACGCUCAUAUCAACCUGGCGUGCCCGUAACUGGUUACGACGGAUACUAAUGACGAUUCGAUUUUGCUUUCUUUCAUAUCCUUUUACCUUUAGAUUUGUACAAUUUCCUUGCUCGCUCUACUUUUGCUUGUUUUUGCUUGGCGCCAGUUUGGCCAUGAAGCCAUGAUAUUUUAGACUGUAAUCUGGAACCAAAACACAUCCGGCAUAUCCUAUCUCGAGGACUAUGCCUACAAUGAUGGCUGGAGAAAAUAAAAAAUACAGGAGUUAGCGUUAAUACAUGAUAUUACAACGGCGACGAGUCCCCGUGAUGCUAUGUGUGUCUAUGGCCCUCUGAAAUGGGUAGCUCAGUGCCUGUUGACCAAACUUCCGUCAACUGGGCUUUUAAAUUUUCGUACAUUGGGUUCCUUUGCCCAAGUCUCUGCCAAAGCAGCUUCUUCGUCAUGAUCUGGUGGAAAUCCCAUUUUCUCUCGCAGCUUUGCGACUUCGUCACGAACCGCCUUGGUUACCUGGAUUCGGAGUUCCACGGCCUCGGGCUUUGUCUUGAGCUCCUCUUCGCUCGAAUUUUGCGCCAACUUACGCCAUUGUGCGCGCUGCUCGCCGAAUAACUUAUCAACGUCAGUUGGCUCACCAAUCAUGACACGGAACUGUUUGCCAAUCCGCGGUAAGAAGCGUGGGAAGCCGCGCUCCUCGGGCAUGAUGUUCUGGGUGCCAUGGAUAAACAUGGGAAUGAACUCGGGAGCAGGGUCACUCUCCAGGAUGAGGCGAGAGACACCCCAUUUAAAGUAUCUCAACGUGGCAUCCUGGUUCUGGACGCAGCAUGCCUCCGGGAAAAUGUGCACCCAUGCCUUGCGGUUGAUGGUAUAGAUUGACGGAAGGAUAUGGCUAUCCUUGCCAUCAGUUGUAUACGUCGUAGUCUUCGGAGGAAGAACGUGCGAGUUCGGGCCGGAGAGAAGUCGCACUGCCUCUGCUACUGUCGGUUGGUAAAGGCCGCCGUGCUUCGAAUGCCAGCCUCGAUGGGUUGGGAGAACUUGGCCCAGGGAGAAGAACUUGGAAGUGGCGCUGUUAAAUGUCAGCAUCCCAAUUGCAACCACCAAUCUCUAUUCUUACGCAUUCUUGAAGCAGAUGUCAUGAGCACCUAAACCCCAUCGCAAAUUCUCGGGAUCGAAAGCGUAACGCGCCGGCAGAAUUCCCCAAAUGAGCGGAUCGUCCAGUCUGUUUUCUUGGUCAGCAUGUCUAUUCCAUAUUUCAAAUUACAGGCAACACCAUACACUGCAACGUGAUUGCAAACGGUCAGAAGUCCCCGCUCUCUUCCUUGCUGUUUGCGCCUGUCGAGAGUGGAAAGGAGAUUAUCCAGGCCAGUGACCUCGACCUUGUUCAACCCGUACAGGAAGGCCCGUGACGCCAUGCCAACUGUGCCCAUGACGGCAGCAGCAGCAAGACGAUUGGGCAGGCUUGGCCUGGUAGGCGUGAGAUCUGCCAUAACGACGGGUGGUCGCGCUG